AUGGUAGCAACUUUCUCGCCGCACCGCGAUGCGGGUGGCACAUUGCACCUGCCAUCUCAUAGUGGUAUUCACCAUAUGGACGCUAAUACGGCCAUUCGACAACUACGCCGGUCAUUAUCGCGCUCGCCUUCCAAGAACUCGAACUUUUCACUGCUGGCACCUCGACAUCAUUCCCCGUCGAAGACAGCUCCUUUCAUCUCCUCACCUCUGUCACCUUCCCGGCGAUCCGCACAGAGCAACUUUGUACUCUUCCCUAGUUCAUCUCAUCAAUCACCAUUCGCCGUACCUUAUCCCCCAAGCGCCAAAAUAACGAGGCCUAUCAUGCGUCGCGUGCGCACAUCCCCGAGAAGUCCCGUCAAACGCGCUUUGAAUAUCUCCACAGAUCACGGAAAUGCGAAGCCUGCACAAUCAACACCAACAACGCCGGGUGUGGAGAAUUCCCCCACUACCCCUGGGCUCGUUCUUCCGUCUCUGGACAACACCGCAGUCGAUGCACAUCCUAGUGACACACCCAUAUGUUUAGAAUCUACACUGGCACCUCGGCAAACGCAUUCCCGCAUCGAGAAGCGACGGAGCGGGACAUUUGCAUCGUACGCUGCCGUCAGUCCACUGAAACGUAGUGACGGAAUCAUGAAUCUGGACCGGGCAUCUCGCGGUAGCCCUUCCGCAAAAAGACGCAGCGUUCAGGCCACGAGUCUGUCGAGCGAGUUUAGCAUCUUUGAUAAUGAAGAUGUUUCCCAGAUUGAAGAUCCUGCGGCCGAAUCGUCCCCCGAGUCCACGACGCCGCCCUUCCCAACCAAUGCCACUCCAUUCAGCCCUUUCGCUACAAUUCCUAAACGAUCGUCAUCUCUUCGGAGAUCUACCGUUCAGCAGCGACAGAGCGAUCGCUCACUAAAUCCUGUGCGGUCCCGCAUGUCUCUGGAUAACAAUCUUUUCCAACCUCAUCGAGAGAGUCCCUUUGCCUCUCGAACUGUGUCUGGCAGCUCGCUGUUCUCAUCAACAGGAGGCAUUGCGACACAAGCUCGUCCUGCUGCCCAUCCGCUUUCAAGGACCAUCACGCAAUCUUCAUCUGGUUCCAGCUUGGUUGACGACUCUCCGACCCAUGAACCCAUCCACAAGACCGACCGUCCAAGGGGAGUCUUUGAUUUUUCCAAGUCCCUUCCUGCGGGAAGCGCGCGGCCUGUGCCAUUACGACAUCUCACUCGGGAGGAUUCGACAUCGUCCAUGGACUCGUUUGCAACGCCGGAGAAUUACAAGCUAGUCAAACCUCUUCCGGCUGCUUUCAUGUCCACGGGUCUCAUCUCAAAAAAGAAUCGCAAUGCAGAAGACCCUCAGAGUGGUCUCGGAUUCAGCAAGAACAUGCCAGACACCCCUUGUAAACGGCCGACCAAUCUUUUUCCUGGUUCGAAAUUGCAGCCGGAACGACCUUCGGACAUGUCAGCCUCAGCCCGUCAGUCAGAGAUGGCACCGCCCUCACCGUUCAAUCCACCUACUGAUCGGCCCAGACCGGGCCCAUUUGCACGGGGCAUGGGGAUCUUCGGGACCUCUUUCAACAAACCUGAGGCAUCUCGUCGAGGUAGUUUCGCGAGCGUCGACGGUGAUGACUUGUUUGCGUCUCAAUCGCCCUCUAGCCGCCAUAACAUUCAAUCUUUCUGUGAAACAGAUCUUCCCCCGACACCUACAAAGCAAAGCUUCUUUCCUUCUCGAACCUAUCCUCCUCCCAUCUCACAGAUCGCAUCCCUGGAAAGGCUUGCGGAAGCUAAAGCAGUGAGCUCAAGCCCACUACACGACCGAUUCCAGCGGGGAUCCCCUCACACCCCGCAAGAUCAUCUGUUUCCUGACCCGAGCGGGCUAUCAAUUUCCAACGAGCAGCAUUUGACCAGACUCGACUUCAGUUCUUCUAACCUUCCAGCGACCCCCACCGGUCCUCGUGAUUCGUUUCAUCAGUCAGGCAAGCGCCCUAGCCUUCCGUUGGCUGGCUACCAUGUACCAGAUGUGGAUCCGAGUCUGACUUCACGUUUUGAACGAGUGGAACUGGUCGGUACAGGAGAAUUCUCCCAGGUCUAUCGAGUCGCGGAACCCCUGGACAUGCCAAUAUCGUCCUCACGCUCGGAUGGCACACAUACUCCUAAAGCACUCACCGAGCAAGUUUGGGCUGUAAAAAAAUCAAAACAGCCAUACUCUGGGCUUAAGGAUCGUGAACGUCGCAUUCGUGAAGUGGACAUACUCAAAUCUCUCACCAAUUCGGAUUAUAUCAUCUCCUUCAUGGACAGUUGGGAGGAUAACGGUCACCUCUAUAUCCAAACAGAGUUUUGCGAAGAAGGUAGCUUGGAUGUGUUCCUUGCUCAAGUUGGAUUGAAGGCACGAUUAGAUGACUUCCGCAUCUGGAAGAUCUUAUUGGAGCUGUCAACGGGCUUGAACCACAUCCAUGAAAUGGGCUUCAUUCAUUUAGACCUGAAGCCUGCAAAUAUCCUGAUCACCUUCGAGGGAGUAUUGAAGAUCGCUGAUUUUGGCAUGGCAGCACGUUGGCCAGCGGAGGAUGGCAUCGAAGGUGAAGGUGAUCGUGAAUAUAUAGGCCCCGAAAUACUGAUGGGUCGCUUUGACAAGCCGGCAGACAUCUUUUCUUUGGGCUUGAUUAUGUUCGAAAUCGCUGGAAAUGUUGAAUUGCCCGACAAUGGGCUUUCGUGGCAGAAGCUGCGGAACGGCGACAUGAGUGACAUCCCCAGCUUAACAUUCAGUUUCGAGACAAGCAUCUUCCGUGAUGCGUCCGGCAACCCCAUCUUAGAGGAACCAUCGUUUGAGGAACUAUGUGCAUCCGACUUUGGGGAUGACGAUUUUGGAAUGGACAGCUUCCUCGGGGGCCGCAAACCUAGUGAUCAAAACGCGGUUCCUCUUGUACGAUCGGGCGAACUUGUUGACCCUCCUGACUUCAUGGUCGACGCCAGCCAUGAACAAGCUUUGGACAAGAUUGUGCGGUGGAUGAUCUCACCGGAACCGUUUGAUCGACCAACGGCGGAGCAAGUUCUUGAGACCUACGGCGUUCAGUUCGUUGCCGGCCGACGUCGCGCUGGAGCCACCGUCUACGAAGGCAACUGGGGCCCUGCUGAUGAGGCCCUCGUUGAAGACGCAGAAAUGAUCGACGUUUGA